AUGCUAGUUGCAUAAUUUUAAAUUAGACAACAAAGAUGCCCCCAAGACUCAAUCAUUUUGAUCCUUAUAUAGCAUUUUAUACAUCAACAACUACCUUAAAAUUGCUCAUAAAUUUGGAAUUUGUCCCUAAUCGCCCCAUUUUACGGUACUUAAAUGUGUGUACAUACUACUACAUACAAAAUCCAAUUUUUUGUUAAAAAUUUAAUCAUGAAUGAUGAUGAGAAAAAUGCUAUUAUUCAAGAACUUAAUUUUAAGAUCGGAAGUGAUAUUAACGAAUUGGGUAGUACAUUUGCUCUGGAAAGUGAGUUAGCUGAUAAAAGAGAUAAACUUUUAAGCUGUCUAACGGUGGCCAACAAUGAGGUGCCUACAAAAUUAUCAGUUGCAAUUAAAAAUGCUGAAGUUAAUUCAAUGCAAAUACAAAACUUGAAAGUAAUAAGUAAUGAGUUGAGAAAAAGAGUUGCAGUAUUCUUGGAGCAGACAGAACCAUUACGAGCUGAAAUGGAAAGAAAGUUUCAUGCUAUAAAUAAGUUAUAUGAAAUAAUUGAAUAUUUGAGAUCUUUUGAGAAAGUAGAUGAUUUAAGUCGACAAAUGAAACAGAGUAGUGAUGAUGAACAACUUGUGCUACUAUAUGGUGAACUGAAGCAUAUGUGCCAAUUAUACCAGAAGGGUCACAGAGGAAACUAUGUAAAGGAAUACACUCACUAUUGGCAUAAUGUGCUAAAAGAUAAACUGACACAACACUUUGAUGAGGUAAUGAAAUUACUGAAAUGGCCUUUUAUAAGUGGAGCUGAACAUUCCCCACCUCCCAAAGAAGUUAUGAUUAAGUUCACAAAUCUCAUUAGAUAUUUGUUUUUGAUUGAAGAACCUGAAGACUUAAACAUAAAUGCUGCUGUUGCCCAAGAUUUUGGUCAAGAACUAAACCCAUGUUUGCCUGUUCGUGUUCUCUUAAGGCCGUUAAAGAAGAGAUUUGCAUUUCAUUUCAUGGGGUCCAGACAGACAGCUCGCAUUGAUCGACCAGAGUGGUUUCUCACUCAAACAUUAACCUGGAUAAAGGACCAUCAGAACUUUGUUCAAAAUAAUGUACAACCAGUUGCUGAUAAACUUGAACUGGACAAUGUUAAUGCAGUGGAUCAAUUCAAUGCUGGUCUAAUAUCGCUAGCUGCAGAAAGACUUCACACAAUUAUAGCUUUGUAUCAUACACAAGGCACCAAAAGGGAGGUAGUCGAUGCAGAUGCCGCUUUCGCACAUGCUGUCGACGAAAUACUAGGAUUUAAUAGAGAACUGAGUACACUGACCGGAAAAGAAAUAAAUAGUAUACUCUCGGUGCUGACUAAGGCGGAGACUUUUGUAAGGUGGUUGGCUGUUGAGAAGAAAUAUGCACUAAGUAAAAUGGAUGAGAUAUUGGGCAGCGACCAGUGGACCGAGCCCGUGGUGACGGGGACGGGCGUGGCUACGGGCGCCAUCUUGUGGGUGCCGCGGGCUGCCGACUGGUUCGUCACACUACUAAAGACUAUCGAGGACAGAUACGCUGUGUUGCCACAGCCUGGACACAGAUUACAGUUUCUAGAACUUCAGCUAGAACUGCUGGAGGAGUGGCGCAUCCGUUUAACGCAGCUGCUCAGUGCGGCCAUGGACUCGCUGGUGCCUGAAACGUUCCUGUCGCCAGGACCCACGUCGCAUCCUCUCAUAGCGGUCACCAAUACGGCCCAUCACUCGCGGAUCGUGCUGCUGCAGUGGGCUAACUCAUUGCAUUACCUCCAGUUGCACUACUACAGGCGGCAGUUCCAGCACUUCACACAGCAGCAGCAUCAUGAAGAUAGCUCGAUUUCGUCUUCAAGCUCUGAUGAUGAUGAUGACGAUGACGACAGCAGCGAAGGACACACUAAGAAAGCUUCUAGAGCAGACGAAACGAUGUCCUUAAAAGAAGUCGAACUGCGAGCGAAGAAGCUCGCGCUGAAUGAAAUGAUCCGGAGGGAUUCGAUGAUACACGAGCAACUGUACGACAUCACUGCUCCGAUAGCAAACCUCGCCGUCACCGAACCUCUGUCAGGUGACGAGGAUAUGGAAGAAGCAGGAGUAUUCGCCGAAGCACCAGCCUUACUAUCUCGAUUACUUAAUGCAGCCUUAGACGCGAUUUCUGAACACAUAACAUUAGAAUUCAAGGCCAGUAUAAGGGACUACAAGAAACAAAAGUGGCACAAUCUGCCCGUAGUCGAGGAGCUGGCGCUGACGGUGUCGCCGGCUCUGUGCGCGCCGCUGUCCGGGCUGAGCGCGCGGCUGUCGUCCGUGAGCGCGCGGCUGGCUCCCUGCCUCGCCGUGAGACUCCGAGCGCAAUUAGCCACUAACGUCGACCGAUGUUUGUUUGAGACGGUGGUACUAGAGAAUUGGUUCAACACCGGCGGCACUAUGCAAUUCACGUUUGACGUGAAACGAAAUUUAGUCCCUACGUUCGCUCCGCCGAGCAAAGUGGCCUCGCAAAUGAACCAAUUGCCCAAGUUGCUCGAGUCCUGUAAACUCCUGAACCAGGACUACGAGGACGCUCGACGUCUCCGCGACAUGCUGGAGAGGAAGCCGGAGCUGGCAAGAGACUUUCUGGGCAACCAGGGCAUUACCUCGAUCACAGGGAUGGAAGCACUACAGAUACUGAACCAGAGAACGGACCUGUGCGACACUAACAGCGCAGCUUCUGUGCUGGAACUAUUCUGAGAGUUCGAGAGAGGAUACCGGUAAAGCAACCAAUAGUAAUCGACGUACCAAUUUGGUUUUCUGGAUUCUAUUGUGUUUUAAAAAUAUUGAAUCAAUUAAAAAUGAAUUUUAUUUAUGUAUUUUUUACUUAGACUAGUGGAACGACUCAUCAUUAAGUGAUUGCCAGAGUCCAUAGAUAUUAACUACAUAAAUGCCACCCACGUUAAGAAAUUACUUCUAAGUAUCGAUUUUAAAGUACAGCGGCUGCUUUACCCUUCGAUCUAAAACGCAUUACUGCUUCACGGCAGAAAUAGGCAGGGUGGUGGUACCUACCCGUGCGGACUCACAUGACGUCCUACCGCCAGUAAUUACGGAAAUAUAUUUUUCGCGGGUUUGAUUUUUAUUACACGAAGUUAUUCCUUUAUCGUGGAAUUCAUUCGUCAAUAUUUGAUUAGUACGUAUUUCAAUAGAAAGUUUAGUACCUGCCUGUGGCAUUCGAACGCCGGCUCAGUCACUUCGCUUGAUACGAAUGCACUGAGCGUCUUAUCCUUUACGGCCUGGCCACGGGGAUCGGCGGUGCGAACAGCGAAGCGGUGGGCGAGGCGACCAUUCGCGCAGCACCGUUUGCAGGCCACGGGUACUCACGUUCGCCGCCGCGACUAGUAAGGAAGUCCGACAGCGAAAUGUCUAUAUCGAAAUUAUCUCGAUAUUGCUUACAAAUUAAUAGUUUUUUGGUUCAGGACCUAUUAUUUGGAAAAGAUUGUGAAGUACAUGAUUUGAAUAAGAAUCGGAGUAUACCUAUAGAUGGAGAAUUCCACAAGAAGUACGAGAAAUACUUUGGGUGGCUAGACUUCCAAAUAGCUGGUCUAGCUAGUAUUUCAGCUAUUUUAUUUUUUUAUUGCUUAGAUGGGUGGACGAGCUCACAGCCCACCUUGUGUUAAGUGGUUACUGGAGCCUAUAGACAUCCACAACGUAAAUGCGCCACCCACCUUGAGAUAUAAGUUCUAAGGUCUCAAGUAUAGUUAUAAUGGCUGCCUCACCCUUCAAACCGAAACGCAUUACUACUUCACGGCAGAAAUAGGCAGGGUGGUAGUACCCACCCGUGUAGACUCACAAGAGGUCCUACCACCAGUAAUUACGCAAAUUAUUAUUUUGAAGAUUUCAUUUUUAUCACACGAUGUUAUUCCUUCACCGUGGAAAUCAAUCGUGAACGUUGAGUGUUGUUGAGUACGUAUUUCAUUACAAAAAUUGGUACCCGCCUGAUAUUCGAACACCGGUGCAUCGCUCAACACGAUUGCACCGGACGUCCGUUAGGCCACGACGACUUUAAAAAUAUAAAAUAAAAAAUAAAUAAAAAAUAUAAAAAUUUCGGCGUUAAUUUUUCGCGGCGAAAACAACUAAACUCAUUUAAUCACUGCACUAUUCGCCGCGACUACCGCUCGACUCCGUGGCUCGCGCCGUCCGUAUUCAUGCAUUUGUUUUGCUCGCCCGCCGCAUCGCGCGAUUCGCUCGGUACAUUUCGCCGGUCGCUUCGCCGGUCGCCGGUGCGCGUGGCUUGUUAGGUACAUUUCUAUGCGCUUGUUUUAGUCGCUAGACGCUUCGCCGUUCGCACCGCGCGAAUAUUCGCAUCGGCGAAUGUCCCGUGGCCAGGCUGUUAGGCCACGGCGACUUCUUUACUAAAACCAACAAAGUAUAUCUAUUCAGCUCGAUUUUUCUUCAUUUGAAAUUUAUGUCGUCUUUUUUUAGUUUUAUUCAGAUAAUAUUUAUGUCGAAUUGAAGAUUCGAGCAAACAAGAUUCCUGCUUAAAAGAUAAUUGUAAUAAUCAUAACAAUAAAUGCAUGCUGUUAAUGUUUCGGUGUCGGUUUCGGUUAUUGGAGUACACUCAUUUAUUACAAAAUGAAGCAUUGAAUUUGUUAGAAUAAUUGUUGAAUCAAUAAAAACACUUCCUACUCCUCAAACGUUUGUCGCACAAAGCUAAUUUAUAUUUUUGACGUGAUAACGUCUUAUAAAUCCAUAAACACCGGCUGUAAAGAUGAGUUGAUCAGACAGUUCUUAUUCAAUUAGUAGUAGUUUAUUUAAAAAUUAAAUUAAAACAGUUAAAUUGUUUUAUUAUGAGAAAGGGGGGCUCCGCCCCCCCCUACCUCCGGCCAGGGCUUCGCUCCUGGACCCCGGCUCGGUACUCCACGAACUUUCGGCCUGCUAGGAGAAAAAUAGUAUGUGCACCGCGGGAAAAAGUAGGACAUCUCAUCCCGCGUGGGAGGAAAUGUCCUACUUUUCUCCCGCGGUGCACAAUGUACUAUUUUUGGCGUGGCGAAAGACAUGGCCCGGGCAACGCUAGCAAUGUUUGCUAUGCAGUUAUUUUAUAUGACUAAUAUGUUGUCUGGAACUUGCAGCAUGUUUCACUCGUCCUGAAUUACAGAUAUAAAGCGGGUAAAACCGUGGGGUAUGUCGAAUUGGAUCGUUGGUCGAGUGGCGAGUGACUGCGACUACUGGUUCACGGGGUCAGAGUUCGAUUCUUACUUGGAAUUUGUAUCCUUGUGAAUGAUAUUGAAUUUUCAGAGGGGGGUUUGGGCAUUUCUUCGUCUUUUUUCUGGAUUUAAGAAUUAAUAAUUGUAGCUGAUAAGGAAUAGCUGUAGUAGAUUUCCGAUUUGAAGCGUGAGAUAUGUAAUAUUUGAUCAUUGAAAUAUUUAAGCUAAGUGCAUGAUAAUCUGUUAAUAUUGCUGUUGUUAUUGUUUUUUUUUUUUUUAAAGUAUGCAAUGAAAUUAAUUAUACUUUGUUUAUAUUCUGUGAUUUUAUUAAGAGAAAUGUGACCUAGGUUUUAUUUAUAUUAAAAUAUUCGCAUUUAAAGCAUGAACUUCGUAAAAUGGUAAUUAUUGUUCGAAAUAAAUAAGGAUAUAAACAA